UCCAACAGCAGCCACCACAUCACACCAGGGAUGUGGGAGUGCCGUUGUACAUUGAGGUUGUUGAUGAGGUAGCUGAUGGUGAAGUGUUGCGACCACAAGAACGUCUAUUAUGCCCUUCUUGGCCACAAAGUCCACAUUUAUAUGAUCUUUUAGUAGAACCGUUGUGUAUUGGAGAAGUUGGUAGUGGUGUA